AUGGAAGGACAGACCAGAGGGAGCAGAGGCCUUCUGGAGAAGCCUCUCUCUGCCACCCCCAAUCCCACUCUGUCCUCACUGGGUGCCGUGUUCAUCCUCCUGAAGUCCGCCCUGGGUGCCGGCCUGCUCAACUUCCCCUGGGCCUUCUAUAAGGCAGGAGGCCUGGUGCCCACCUUCCUAGUGGCACUGGUCUCUUUGCUCUUCCUGAUCAGCGGCCUGGUCAUCCUGGGAUAUGCAGCCUCCGUCAGUGGCGAGAUCACCUACCAGGGCGUGGUCCGUGAGCUGUGUGGGGCCGCCAUGGGGAAGCUAUGUGAGGCCUGCUUCCUGACCAACCUGAUCAUGAUCUCUGUGGCCUUCCUCAGGGUGAUCGGAGACCAGCUGGAGAAGUUGUGUGACUCUCUCCUGCCUGAUGUCCCACAACCCUGGUAUGCAGCCCAAGAUGUCACUCUGCCCCUGAUCUCCGUGCUGGUCAUCUUUCCCCUGUCAGCACUUCGGGAAAUUGCCUUCCAGAAGUAUACCAGUAUCCUAGGUACCCUGGCUGCUUGCUACCUGGCGCUGGUCAUCACAGUCCAAUACUACCUAUGGCCCCAGGGCCUCGUGCGCCAGCCCCGUCCUUUGCUGAGCCCGUCCCCCUGGACCUCUGUGUUCAGCGUCUUCCCUACCAUCUGCUUCGGAUUCCAGUGUCACGAGGCCGCGGUCUCCAUCUACUGCAGCAUGCGGAACCGGAGCCUCUCCCACUGGGCCCUGGUUUCGGGGUUGUCCUUGUUGGCCUGCUGCCUUGUCUACUCGCUGACAGGUGUUUUUGGCUUCCUGACCUUUGGAACUGAAGUCUCUGCUGAUGUCUUGAUGUCCUACCCAGGCAAUGACACAGCCAUCAUUGUAGCACGGAUUCUCUUUGCUGUCUCCAUUGUGACUGUCUACCCCAUUGUGCUGUUCCUGGGGAGGUCUGUGAUGCAGGACUUUUGGAAAAGGAGCUACUGGGCCACAUGGGGUCCUCCAGUGCUGGCUGACCCCUCAGGGCCAUGGGUUCGGCUGCCACUGACCUUCCUGUGGGUAUCAGUGACCCUUGCCAUGGCCUUGUUCCUGCCAGACCUCAGCGAGAUCAUCAGCAUCAUCGGUGGCAUCAGCUCCUUCUUCAUCUUCAUCUUCCCCGGUUUGUGCCUCAUCUGUGCUGUGGAUACUGAGCCCAUGGGACCAAGAGUCAAGCGCUGCCUGGAGGCAUGGGGCACCCUCUCCGUGCUGGUGGGCACUUUCAUCUUUGGCCAGAGCACAGCUGAGGCCAUGGUAGAACUGCUCUGA